AUGGAAGCCACUGUGGGAACGCAGUGACUCAGACGGGAGAGCUAUUCCCCACAUAACACAGAAUUCUCCAGAGCAAUCUACGUCAUUAGCCUUAAAACUGUUGUACCCUUGCUUCCAGUCAUCCGACUUCUGGAAUUAUUCAUUAAGAAACGGUUCAUUAGAAAAUAGUCCCAGAAAACAAAAGGGCCAAAUUCUUUUGUUACAGGCAUAAAAAUAUGUUUCUUGUGGUGUCAUUGUAGUAGUGGAAACGGGAAACAAUUUUUCUCCCUUUGGUGAGCAUCUAGGUUAAGUAAAUUAUAGUUUUCCACUUUGAGGAAUAUUACACAGCCAUUAUAAUAAUGAGAAAUAGGCAAUACAACAACUUGGAAAAAGGAUUAUGACACAAUAAGUGAAAGUGUCAGGUUAUAGAAUAAGUACAUUAUGGUAACUUGUAAAAUAAACACAUAAGAAAAGAUUGCAAGGGGGAAAUGGUAAGGGCUGCUCGUUUGGUGGAAUCAUGAACGCCUUUCUUUCUAUAAUGCAUGAAUUUGCUUCUUUUAAAACUAAAUUCAAUCUGGAUGAAUACACAGCACACCAUUAGUAGUGACUUUCUCUGAGGUGUGGGAUAAUGGUGACUUUUGCUUUCUAAGGCAUUCCUUUCUGUAAUGUUUAAAUUUCAGCUGCGUACACAUGUUACUUUUGUAAUCAGAAAAGAUAAUAAAGAUAUUUUUAAAUGCUAGAAUUAAAAUUUUUAAAAGGCUAUGUUUUCCAAGAAAGAGGAAAAAUGAAAGGCUGAGGCAGCUAGCCGUUUAUACCUGCCCUCAUCAGUGUUGAAGGGCCUGCACCUGUUUGGGCCCAUUCAUUCAUUCGUUCCACAGGUAAUAGUGGGUCUUAGUGCCAGACAUGGUUCUGGGCACUGGUUGUCCAGCAGUGAACAAGACAGAGCCCCUGCUCGCAUGGAGCUUUCAUUCUAAUUGAGGGAGAUCGACAACAAACAAGUAGCAAAACGUCAGAAAGUAAAAGUGCUAUGAAGAAAAUAGGAUGAUGUGAGCAGCAGGCAGGCUAUUUUGGACUGGAGAUCAGAGAAGGUCUCUGAGGGCUAACAGUUGAGCCAAGACCUGAAUGACCACAAGGAGGCAGCCACGUGAGGUCUGGAAACAGCCUUGCAGGCAAAGCACAGGAUGCCAGCCUGUGGGCCCCACCCACAGGUGCCCUUUGCUGCCUGAGCCCUGGUGAACCUCUGUGCCAGGCUGACUCCAUUCCCUAAGCCCACUUGCCCUCCUGCACCUGUCCACUGGGAUUUGCUUAGCAUCUGAGGCCCUCUAAAAUCCGCCCCCACCUGCCUCCCCGUGUGGACCGGCUGCUCCUGACACUCUGGCUGCUGCUGCUCCAGGCACAGGGCUUCUCUGGGCAGUCUGCUCGCUGGUCACUGCCCUUGGCUGGCAUUUCUGUGGUGGGGCUGGGCCAUCUGAGAUUCCGAGCAGCACUGAGGCAAGCCGGCAGUCAGGGAGGCUCUGGGUAAUGUGUGUCCUGGUGAGAGGUCUUUGAAUGGCACAUGCCUGGAAGCCCUGAGGUGUGGCUGCCGCCAUAGUCCUGUGAAGGUCAGCUGUGACCCCGGAGGACGUUUGUAUGGAUCCUGCCAGAACUUGGCCUCUCAGAAUAGGCUGAGCCUUCAGUAGCUCUGACACCCAGUUCUGAGCUUCACAGAUGAUCCACAUAGAAGCUCACGUCCUUCUUGCUUCCUUUUGUCUCUCCAUAUACCAUCCCAGCCUUCCAAAAGCAGACACUCAGAAAAUGAUAGUGACCUCAGAGGAGCCUGUAGUCAGCCUCAAGGGCAGUGCAGUGUGCAAGGCUCAGGAACCAGACUUGCUGGGUUUGAAUCCCAGCUCUGCCUUUUGUAGCUGUAAGAACGUAGGCUAAUUAUUUAGCCUUUCUCUGCCUCAAUUUCCCCAUCAGUAAAUGCGCUUGAGGAUUAUCUGAGUUAAUACAUGGAAAGUGCUCAGAAGAGUGCCUGAUUAUUGCCAUUGUGAUGUGGGAAGUGGAGGGAGGACCAUCCCGGGGCCUUUCCUGGGCUUCCCACAGGAAGAAACAGUGGAACUCUAUGGCACCUGGGCCAGCCAAUGACCACAGGUCUUUCCCCCCACACCUGCUUCCCUUUUGGCCCUGAAACAAGCCCAUGUUUUCCUCCCUCACUAAUUUGAUGACCAAGUUUGACGGUUUCAGUCCUUGCGUCUUGUACCCAGUUGUAAGGGCGCCUGUCCACCCCUCAUCCAUUCCACUCACCUCCAGCACAGAGCCCACAGGGGACUGGACUUAGGGUCACUGAAGCUGCCCCCCCGCUGCCUUGCCCUCAGCGGCCCCCUGGAAGGGCUGUGCAUCUCAGAACUAUGGUGAUUUGGGUGCCUGGAGAGGGGAAGUCAAUGGGGCAAAGAGGAAGGGCUGCGAGGCCUGGCUGCAUGGAAGGAGAAUCCCAAUUUUCUAACAAUGUGCUCCUCUGGACAAAAAUUCCUAGAAUCAUUGUGUUGUGGCACCUUAGCUUCCUGGAACAACAUGGGAGUUUUUGACAAAACCAAGGGCAAUCAUCCCCUGAUUUUGUCUCCAGCCUUUUGGACUUUCAUGGGUUCUCUUUGCCCCUUUCCACUGCUCACUCUGCUCUCUGCCACCCCAAGGAACAGCUCAGCAGGCUCUGAGAGCAGCAGGUGAGGUGCAACCUUGGAGGGGCACUGCCCGCCCUGACAAGUCACCUUGAGUUCUGCCCUUUGCCGGAACUCUGUGUUCCAGGCUCUUUCAUCAACACUUCCGAGGGCUCUUGUACUUGAGUGUUGUUCCCCAAAAUCCCCUUGUGAAACUGUCCACAGCUCUCCAAACUGUUUUCUCUUGUUUUCAGUAGUGCCCACCUUCUCUUCCUCUUUACUCCACUCUGCAUUUUCCUUCCUGGGCUGUCCCCUCUUUGUGUCACGGUCCUCAGGAUGGUUGUGUUUGUCACCAGGAGAAAGAGGCCAACGUCCAGUGAGCUGCUGGUUCUUCCUGAUGCAGGCUUUCCCAGGGCUCUGAUCGCAGGGCCAAGCAAGGAGCCGGCCCCAGUCGGUGCCAUGGCUUCAGCCGAGCCCCUGACGGCGCUGUCCCGCUGGUAUCUGUACGCCAUCCAUGGCUACUUCUGCGAGGUGAUGUUCACGGCAGCCUGGGAGUUCGUGGUGAACUUGAACUGGAAGUUCCCGGGGGUCACGAGCGUGUGGGCGCUCUUCAUCUACGGCACCUCCAUCCUCAUCGUGGAGCGCAUGUACCUGCGCCUGCGGGGCCGCUGCCCGCUGCUGGUGCGCUGCCUCAUCUACACGCUCUGGACCUACCUGUGGGAGUUCACCACCGGCUACAUCCUGCGUCAGUUCAACGCCUGCCCCUGGGACUACUCCCAGUUCGACUUUGACUUCAUGGGCCUCAUCACCCUGGAGUACGCCGUGCCCUGGUUCUGCGGGGCCCUCAUCGUGGAGCAGUUCGUCAUCCGCAACACCCUGCGCCUCCGCUUUGACAAGGAUGCAGAGCCCGGGGAGCCAGGCGGCCCCUUGGCCCUGGCCAACGGCCACGUUAAGACUGACUGAGUGGGGGGCUAGUGGGUGGGGCCCGGGGGUCUCUCAUGGACCGUGUGGACAAAGAUACCAAGCUGGUGGGGUUGCCCUUUCUGUACAGCACAAGCCCAGCCCCAGCCCGGCCUCGGCCCGGUAGGGCGCUCUCAUCCCCGCGCACCCUCCACUGUGGGCGGGCAUUGGGGCGUGGCCAGGUGUGGGGGCGUGGUCGGGUGUUGGCGGUGAGGUGUCGAGGCAGCCGAGGGACUUUGGGAAAGGUCUGAGGAUCUCAGCACAGCUCAGACGCUGGCGGCGGGAGGCCUGUGGCUAAGCAGCGACUGGACUACAUGGGUGACUUUGGAAGCAGCAGGCCCUGUCCUGGCUAAGGGACUCAGAGAAUGGGCAGAAGACGGGAGGCAAGGCUUGAGGGGGCUUUGGGCUGCUGCAGCGGCCACCUCGCUCCCUCCCACCUUGUUUAGUUGGGCUUUGGCUGGUUCCAUUAGGCAAUAUUCAGGUGCUUGCUUGCAACCAAUACCUCCCCAGGGGCCUGCUGAGCUGCAGCUGAGACUGGGCAGCCAGGAGGCUGCUUGGCAGUAGUGUUGGUCUACAAGGGCUGGGAGGCCUUCCCUUGGCUCCACUCCCUUCCCCCAGGGCCCCAUGCUGCUCCCUUGGCCUUUUGGGGGCCCCCCUGGUGCUGGAUUCCCACCAACCUUGGGCUUUUGGAGGUUUUAAUCCCUGUGUGUUGGGUGGCGUUUCCCCCUUUUCUCUUUUAUUUUCAAGGCUUUACCACUAGCGGCCCCUUUGUCCAUGUCAAUCACCCCACCCACCCCCAACCCCAGCUCCCUAGCCAACACAGCAGCUGCCGGAUAUAGAACCCUGAGACAGACCCCACCUUCCUGCAGCCCUCCCUCCCUAUUUCUGCUGGCCUGGUGACUGGGAACACCUCCUCACCCCUGGUCUGCUGGGUGGUGGCAGUGCCCUGGUGCUCUUCUCCAUGCUCCCUCCCGGCAGUGGCUCAGCUGAUAAUGAAUGACACCCCCAACACGCAGUCAGGCGAGAUGGACCACACGGAUCCGCAAUGGGGACUUAGAGACAAAUCAAUUCCGGGUGGUAGUGGUGGUGGGAGGGGUCAAGACACCCGGCUGGUUUACUUUCAAGCCAGUCAGGGACAAUCUAGCUUUCUAGGGGAUGGAGGAGCAGGUAUCCAGUGUUGGAGACCCAUGGAGAAUGAGGGAGGAGGAAAAAGAGGAGGCCUUUCAGCUUUGGGAGAGCCUUUGGAGCAUCCUUAGUGCGAAGAACUCAGUUCUGGUUCUGCCAUAGCCCCAGCCCUGCAGCCAAACCUCCUCAGGGCUUCCCCUUCCCCCACCCCUCCCAGCAAGGCUGACCCUUUGAGCUUGCUCCUUAAACAGUAUUAACCCUGCCAUGCUCAUGGUCAUUGUCAUCUCGGUUGCUCUGCCUUCCCCCAUGACAGGUCCAUUGCUGGCAGUGGACAGGUGAAAUUCUCACUCCAGCCCACUUCCAGCUCCAGCCCCCACUCCCGGAGAGGAGAGGUCCAUCAGGAUGGCAGCCUAUCCCAUGGUAGAUGGGCUUUUCUUGACCACACUAGGACUCUUAGGUAGAAAUUAGCCUCUCUUUCUAUAGGUCAUUAAAAAGUGAUAAUCCCACACCUGUAGAGAGAAUCUCCUCUUCUUGCUGUGCUGCAGCUCCACCUGGGUGGUGCAGACAGCGCCAGCCAAGGGUGUGUGUUUGGGGGGGGGGGGGGGAUUGGGGGUGGGCAGAAGUGAUGUCCUGGAUUGGGAGAAAUGCUGGGAGACUGCCUUUGUGCAGUUGACCCUAUCCAGGACAGGAAGAAGGGUGUUUUCCAGCCUCUGCAUCCUGGCCAAGGUCCUCAAAUCCAAGGAUGAACUACCUUCUGCAGGGGCCCGCCCUACCUUUGAUUUUACUGUGGCCCCAAUUCCAAGGCUUUGGGGCUUCCAGGGCUUCAGGCUUCCAGUGGAGGGGUAGACUGCUUUCCAACUACAGGUGGAGGGGAUUCCAGAGGGAGAAUAUUGUCUGGCUUCUCUGUUCCAUCCAGGUCAUUGUUUCCUUGGUCCUCUCCCCUAAUUUCAUUUUAUCUCAGUCUCCCAGACCCUAACACUCCUUCAGGGUCCCCAUGUGGGCCCCUAGACCACACUGCCCAUCUUUGCUCUCCCCUUCCACGAUAGAAUCUGGUGGUCCCCUUGUUGAUGUCUCGUAGCAUAAGGCCUGCAUAAUUCUCAUCCAGAGCAAGCCCUUGGAUGGCCCACCAGGUCUGGCCACUCCAGUUGUUGCCCCAAGGGCUUUUCCUGGCAUCAUCUUCUCUCUGGGUCCUAUAAACUCCCAAGUGCAGGAGGUCUCAGAGUAAAUCUACCUGCCUGACAAUGGGCGGACAUUGUGUUUCUGCUUCAUCCAAGUGCCCUGUGGCUCCUAUUAUCCCUAGUAGGGCACAGUGCCCCCAAGAAAGGGAGGUGAUGACCUGGGGCUUGACCACAGGAUCUGCAGGCUCAGAGCUCACGAGGGGUAGCCCAGACUUCAACUCUUGCUGUUUUGGGUAUCUUCAGGGCCCCAAUCCCUUAGUGCCCAGGGACCCAAAGUUUGGAGUAAUCCCAGCCCUGCCAAGCAGUGGGGGUGCUGGCGGGGAGGGUCUGCUUGCUGUUUCUAAACCGCUGGUGUCCUGGGCCUCUCUCCACUGGACAUGGCAGCAUCUCUGAAUUACAGAUCGCCAUGUGCUGCCCUGCGUGGUCGAACCGCUUCUGACGUCUGCUAGGUGUCCUGUCACGUGUGCCCUGUCCCCUCUGAUGCCAGUGAGUCAGGAUGGCCUACGCUUAUUCACAGCAAUAAUACCUGGGGAGUGCCCAUGGAGUCCUUUUGUCUGGUCCCUCCCUCUCUGCAUGGGUCUCCUGGGGAGGCAGUGCUGAGUGGGUCAGUUCCUGAGAACCUGUGUUUCUGGAGCUCUGGGCUGUGCAGACGUCAUGGCAGGGGAUGCAGAAAGGAGAGGCCGGCCGCCUAAGGCAGGCAGAGUAUCUUCCAUCCUGAGGCCACCCCAGAUCUGGAGGAGCUGCAGGUCCUGGCUUUGUAAAAGGGCCUUUGAAGUGGGUGGGCCUGUCUCCCACCUCUGGCAGCUCUUCAGAAGAACACACAGCUGGUUUGUGCACCCACUGCCUGCUUUGUCUCCAUCGGUCUCUUUGUCUCUUCCUUUUCACAUUCGUGCACAUGAAAUAUACUGGUGUUUGUGUGUCA